AUGGUGAAACAAGUCCUGUGUUGGGAAUAUGGUCUUAGGUUUGUGAAAGAUACCUGUGGGAAUCCUGGAAGUGAAGAGCUGUAUGUUUUUAAUCUAACCUCCUUAACCAAGUCUGAAAAUAUCUUGUCAGCUUCAUUUCAUUAUUACAUUGGGGACCUACUGAACUUGAGUUGGAGUUGUCCUCAAUCCAGAGGCUGCUCUCGUCAUGGAAGCAGGAAACCGAAAAUUCAGAUAGAUCUCUUAGUGUUGAGUUUCCCUUCUCAUGGGAACCGAACUCGGACUCUGGGACACUUUCUAAUUAACGUCUCUGCUGCUUAUCGGGAUAAUGUUUCCUGGCAGUGGAAGGACUUCACUCAUGCCUUAUGUGAGGCAAAACAGAAUGAUGAAUUUCUCAUUGGUGUCAAGAUGGCCUCAACCAGCCAUUACCCCUGGAGAAGGAUGUCAUCCAGCUAUGAACCCUACAUCCUGGUCUAUGCCAAUGAUUCUGCCAUUUCAGAACCAGAGACCGUUGUUUCUAACUUUCAAGGACACCAACAUUCUCUGUCUGUGGGCUUUCCUAGACGGGAGAGCCACUCCAAGGGCAGUCUUACUGAACAGCGACGGAAGCGCUCCACCAAUAUCUUGUUGCCCUUGCAAAACAAUGAACUCCCAGGCUCUGAAUACCAGUACAAUGAGGGUGAGAGAUGGGAAGAGAGAAAAUCCUACAAAACCCUGCAGCCACGCCUGGCUGAGAGGGCCAAGAGUAAGAAAAAGCAGAGAAAGAACCAGCAUCAGAAGAGCCAGACACUCCAGUUCGACGAGCAAACCUUAAAGAAAGCCAGGAGGAAGCAGUGGAAUGAGCCACGGCACUGUGCACGGCGCUAUCUCAAAGUGGAUUUUGCAGACAUUGGCUGGAGUGAAUGGAUUAUUUCUCCUAAAUCCUUUGAUGCAUAUUAUUGUUCAGGUGAAUGCCAGUUUCCGAUUCCAAAGGCUUUGAAGCCAUCAAACCAUGCCACCAUUCAGAGCAUUGUGAGAGCAGUUGGGGUUGUUCCUGGUAUUCCUGAGCCAUGCUGUGUUCCUGACAAAAUGUCUUCCCUCAGCAUCUUAUUCUUUGAUGAAAAUAAGAAUGUGGUGCUUAAGGUUUACCCCAACAUGACAGUGGAGUCUUGUGCAUGCAGAUAACAGCCCAGAAGAAAUCUUUGAAUUGUUUAACAUCAUCUUUUGCAAUGUUUUUUAUUCCUAUAUUUUUUGUUUGCACUGCCAAUGCAUUUCAUUCCAGAAAAAAAAAGAAAAAGGAUAUGAGCGAAACUGAGUAAGAAAGAAGACUAAUGUGAAGAGCAAGCUGAAUAGAGAUGUCUAGGUGGGGGAGGGAGGAGGGGGGAGGCGUAAAAUUAAUUCACCUUUGAAACUGACUGAGAAGCAAGAUUUGGCAACUGGGACUAAGUAUUUCUGUUGAAAUACAAAUGAAAAGUGAAAUUUUAUCAAAGACUCUUCAAGAUGUUUUUAGAACUGUCAGGAGGACAUGCUGAUUUAUUUUUGUAUGAGGUUUUGAAAAUGGCAGCAGCUGUUUUAUUGUUGGCCCCAUUUUUCUAGUGAUGAACGGGAAGGGAGUUUAAAAAAUAUGUUAUACAGUUUGAAACCAGGCUUUCUGCCUUCAAUUUCUGAACAGCUCAGCAAGUGCUAAAUAACCUAAGCAAACCUGACAUCCUAUGAGCCUUAGAAAAUCCAACAUAGACAUUUAUUUCUUUGAUGCGACAUAUCAUUGAUUGUACAUGUAUAUCCAUUUUUGUUUAGUGUGUUCUUUGUAUUUCAGCUAAUAUGAUGCCCCUGCCCACAAUUUAGAUAAGGGCAAAUCACAGCAGUGUUGCAUGUGAAUUUGUAAUGUCAUACCAAAGCUUUUCUUUCAUGCCACAGAACAGUAAGAAACUGGUCAUCAUAUAGCCUGGUGACAUGCAAGUAUCAUAGCUCAGCAUCACAGCUAAUCAAAUAAUUCCUAACGAGCAUGGUAGAACAUGGAUAGUUUGUGGAGUUAUGUUCUAUAACAUUUCCAAAGAUGAGGGUUUGCAACCCCGGGUGAGGUGCUCAGGGCCAGGGGGAUCAUAUAUAGCUGCAGCAAACAGCUGCAUAGGACCAGUCCACUGUUCCAACUUAUUACUGCAGCUUUGAUAUUAAAAGCACCAUUUCUCCAAGCAGCUGUAGAGGACUGAUGUUGAACUCCAGCUAAAUGGAGAUGCCCUUUCAAGUAAAAGCCACAGCAAACAGUUCUGUGGCUCACCUGUUACUUGGCAAACCACUACAGAUUGAGCAGGUUGUGAACUGCCCAGAUGAUAAUCUGGGCUCUAGUAAAUUUGCUACUUAUAUAGUCCAUGAGGAAAUGACUGAUGUCUUAAAUUUGUUAUGUGAAAUUAUUUGCAUAACUUGAUCCACAGAUUGAUUGGGAGGACUUCACUGUGAUGUUUUGACCAACAUUUGGUCUGCAUUUGCUAGUCUUGAUUGCAUAGGUCACAUAGCAUUGUUUAAGUUCCUAUAUUGGACAAAAGUUGCUUUUAGGCCACAUCGAGAUGGCAGAAGUACCGCAACCAGCAGCACUGCCAUCAAACGCAUCACAGAGUUCUGUGCACCAUACUGCUCAGGCCAGAAGCUGCACAAGUGAGCAGAGUUGUAGUGAGAGAAGAUUAAUUCACACUGCUGCUUCCAGGUUGGGCAGCAACAUGCAUGAUGUGUUUAAAGAUGCUACUGCUGGGCUUCGUAAUUUAGCAGUCUUGGCAGAGCCUCAGAACUAUGUGUCUGGUAAAGAUACUCAAACUGUCAGUUUAAAAUAUAUACCUUGAGAGCGUUCUCUCACAAAUGCCUACAAUAUGCUGUUUCAGUGAACUGUCCUGUCACCAGGUAAAAUUGGCAAAAUGAAUCCAGCAUGGUAUAAAACAAUUGCAGAGAGCUUGGCCCUUUAUUCAGGGCAGCAUUCACACACUAUUUGCCCAGAUCCGCUCAGGCAGAGGUAUUAUGCUAGUGGACAUAACCUAAAUAUAAUAGCACUUUUUAAAGAGACUCCUGUCUCUCAAGAACAAUUAGCUUGUGUGAAAAAUUAUUUUGAACAAAUUUAAGCAACUUUUUUGUGAAACUCAUCUCCACAUUGACUUUAGAAACCAGAUGCUGGUCAGAAAAUAUUCAGGUUCUCUACACUGAGAACAAAUGAAUACUUUUGCUGCUCUCAGAACAACUAAGAGCUAUACUACAGUAUCAAUAGAUUCCCACUGCACUGAAUGCAGCAACAAUCCAUUUUACCACGUAGACACCUACCUGCAGCUUCACUGCUAUUUCAAGAUAGCAUGAAUGGUUUAUUCUUAAUGUGCCAUUUGGUCACUAAUACUGUCGUGUUUGCAAACUUGAUAAAUGUGUGUGUACAUAUGUGCAAGAGAUGGGGGAUGUGGAAGAGAAGAAGGAACAUAUCCUGUAGUGUCCAUAAUGUAACCAGGCAAAGAUCCAAUAGAAGUCAGUGGGAGUGCUGCUGAGGUGAGAACUACAGAGUAAACCCAGAGGAAUAUAAAGGCUUCCUGAUAUAAACCCCUUCCUGAUUUGUGCAAGUGGUGUGCUUCUGGGGACAGAUUCCCAAAUGGUGUAAAUCAGUAUAGCUCUGUUGGCUUCAGCUAAGCUGUAAUAAUUCUCACUAGUUAAGGAUCUGAUUUCUUAAAAUUCCAACUGUUCUUCAGAGAAAUCUUGGCCUACGGAGUGAACUGUAAGAAAGACUCCCUUUCCAGAGGCCUCAUGGAACCUGAAGUCUUUAGGACCACAACUGUCAAUAAACAAGGAAGUGUGAUGAUAUCUGUGCUCAUAAGCCAUGCCUAACUAGAUUCUCUGUCAUUUGACCUCCUUCUAUAUAUAGAAGAAACAUUUUAAAUGAAAUGUGGUGUUUCACAUGUGUUUGAAAAUUAUAAAAAGGUGUAUUUUGUGCUGCAAACAAGACAGUUGCAGACAGAAAGAGCCUUCCAUUCCCCAGAAACAAAAAGGCUGCUGAACAGCUCUUGUCACUCAAUAACAAAGAAAGCCUGUAUCUACAUGUUAUUCUUUAUGUGUGUGAUUUUGUGAAGAGAGACUUGCUUUAAGGAGAGUUCAGAGGAACAAAGUACACAAGAGUCUGCACUCUGUGGGGAUUACCUACAAUUUCUUUGGUGUUAGUCCAAUCCUUCAUGCACUGAAGUCUUUGGGAGUCUGCCACUGACUGUGUGAUUGGCAGUCGCUAAUACAUGGUAAUUCUCUCAAGGAAAAAAAGGAGACUGUUUUAAUUAAGCUUCUUCAGCUGCAAAGAAAUCCAUAUUUUAGAAAAUAAGUACAUCAAUAGCUGCUAUUUAAAUGAAAAUAAACCUAACCAAAUCUAAUAAUUAAUUACAAGGAAGAAAUAGCUUUUGUACAGUUUUAUUGGGCAGCCCAGGAAGUGUGACAAUAAUUCCAGUGUCUGUCUUUAGGUUUAAGUGACAACUGAUUAGCAGCCAUCGCUUCUUUCCAAAUCCUGUCCCUUACAGCAUGUUUAAUGAUCACCACAGGCUAAGUUGUCUUAAGAUACAUGCACUUCAGUUCCACUGAAGAUAAUGUGGGAGCUGCUCACCUUACUAGAAGGCUGAAGUUAGCCCAAAGUUGUUUUUGUCUACCCUACAAAGAACACUGUAAUACUGACAAACAGUUUAUAUCAUGCGCUACUUUAAGGAUGACUUGCCAUCCCAAAGCAUUCCAAAAGCCUGCAAAUAUUAACAGAGGUUCUACAAUAAGGAAUUGUUAUGCAGUUAUCUCAAAUUAUUUUUGUACAUAUAUCGCAUUGGGGGAGGGAAAAGCAUUCAUAUACUUUUUACUAAAGAAUGGUGAUUAUUUUUUGCUAUUGACUUAAUUCACCUCAAAUGAAGAAAAGGACUGUUUUACCAAGACAGAAAUUUCACUUCUGUUUGCACAAGAAAUGAUAAUGGGAAUUCUCAAGCAAAGCCUGCAAUGUACUGUUGUAGGCAAGAACUGGCCCAGUUCUUACUAUGGUGUGAAAAGUGAACGCAACACAUUAGGCUGGUGUGAUUUAGGCAACCAGGAGGUGUAACUGGAGACAAGACAGCUAGUUAUCCUGUAAUGAUACAAAAGGAAGUCUGUGUAUGGCCUGUUGGAAAAAAGGUCAUUAUGUUCUUGGGAUAAAUACAGCACAGGCUGAGAGUGAAAGGAGGAUAAAUUCAUCUUGUCAUGAUCUAACUGGAUAGGAGGAGGAGGAGGAGGAGGAAGAGAGAGCCUUAAAUGACCCCACCAUUAACACUGCGGGAGUCAGCACAAUUUUGGCAGUAUUAGUUAUUCUUUACCAUGCCCAUUGCUGGUGUGUAUGGAGACAUUCCAGAUCUUUCUUAUGUAGUGGCUCCAAAGACAUGCUGAGACAAGGAGAGGGCCAGUCCAUGCAGAACAGUAAUAGAAGAUAAAUAUGCAAGACUGCACACCCAACCUGCUAGCAUUUAGGAAUGGAGUAGAAAAAGAAGGCCACAGCACAUUUAGAAAUAAACCAUUGCAUACAGGUGUUCCCCGAAUCAAAUAUAUAUCCACAAGAGGACUUACAAUCUCUCUCUCUCUCUCAUGUGUGCGCGCACACACACACACUCACACACAGAGCCAUGCGUACAGCAGCUAAGCAUCACCUAGCAGACCCAUGAGCAAUGCUCCUCUCCUGACCUUUGCCUGUUCCCUAUUUGUCUUCAGCACACAACACAGCAGUUUGUGUGGCCUUUGUCUUCUUAAAAGUAGGCUGCUUUACCUCUUAGUCCCAUUAGCUAGUCGUACGCAUGUAGCUGUGCCUUAUUCAACUUACAAAACUCCAGGUUCUUGCUUCCAGUUUAUAGACUCACAGACAAAAAGGAGAUUUUGGGUGCCUAGCUCCCAUUGACUCCAAGAGAAUUAAGUGCCCAAAUAUUCUGGGUUUGGCAGGUAUGAGGAACUUUGAAGGAGGUGUAACUGAGAGCAGUCUAGUCCUAACUCACCUGUGUCACAUACUAUCUUUUAACUUACACCAUUUUUAUUUAAGAACCUGGUCCUGCAUUUUGAUCACAGAAAAUAAAAGCAACAAUAAAAAUAUACUGACUACUGUAUAAGUAUUGGACAUUAUCGGAUGGGCUAUUAACAUCCACAGCUAGUUUAAUGGAACUGUCUAAAUUCAACCUUUAUUAAAAAUGGUGGAGGUAUAGCAGGUAUGAAUUUAUUUUUACUAUAAAAAAUGUUUUCAUCUUCUGUAGUAGGUUUGCUUAUUUGACACUGAUGAGCUCACAGAGAGACAUCAAAAUGCUAGUUUCAAGGUUUCAUAGCAGAGCAGGUAUGGCCUUGGCUGCUUAACAAUCUGUUUCUUUCCAUUUCCGUAACACAGAAUAUGAAAACCAGCUUUCAAAGGGUACAUCAAUUCUUCAACUGGUUUUCAAACAAGAAAAGCAGUAGUCUUGCUAUUGGGUCUAGUUCAGAUUCUGAAAAGUACAAUACAAAAUAAGGGAAAUUAUCUUUGAGGCUCUUAAACGUUCGCCCCCCUCCCAUAUUCUCAGUUGUUCCAGAUCGUGCCAUGGAUAUAUAUAUAUAUUUCAAAAAUCCAUUUGUUUUCUACUUCAGUGACCUUAGAAUCUCAGAAUUUCAUUUCUUUAACAUUACCCUCACCAUAUUUGUAGCGAGAAAAAAAUAAAGCAAAGCUCUAUGCUCACGUACUGAAAAAACCCAUAGUGACACAGUGCUCUAAGAAGCAGUGCAACUGACUAUUCAUAAUGGGAGCUUCCUUAGAUAAGUUAAAGCAUUUAGCUAAUUGUCCUAUAUAAUUCAGAUUGCUUUAGCUUUACUUUUUCUUCCCUGAAAAUCAGAGGCACACAAGAAAAUGGAGUCUCUGGACUCCACCAAUAAGAUGCAGGAAUGACAUCUCAUAAAACACCUCCUGAAGUUAGUUAAAAGCUUUUACCUGUAAUGAUUAGAGGAAUCCUUUUGUAACAAAGGAUGUUUGCUGCUUCAAGAAGUUCACAAUUUUUUAAUGGUGGAUAAACUAUAGAAAAUUAAAGCUUUGAGUUCAGCAAGAGAAAACUAAGAAAACAAGUCUUGAUGAAGGUAAAAUGCACUAAAAUUAGCAGGGUUAUUGAUGUCUUAAGAUGAUCAUGAUUCAAGUCUAUGACAUUUUCUAAAGGUCUAAUUCCAUGGUUUGAGGCCCCUUCUGUUCUGCUGGUGAUAAUCAAGGAUGAAGGAAAUGCCACUCCUACAGUUCUUAUCCACGUGAAUCUUCCCAUUAAAGUGAAUAGGAAUUUUGCUAUUGGCCACCAUAGGAGACCAAUGGUACUCAUCUCUGUCAGAGACUAGAACUGGCUGUGCUACCAGCUUCAUUUAUGAGGGCUGCAGGAAAUUCUUUGACCAGGGUGUUUGGCCUUUCCCCAGAUCAUCUCUACCAAAAGACUCUGAGGAAACAUCUAAUGCUACUACUGACAGGAGCAUCUUAGCUUCAACCAGUAGCUAAUGUCCAAAAUUUGUUGUCAUGUAUUCAGGCACAUAACUAGAGUUGCUUGGUACAACUGAUUUGGGCAAAAUUCAGCUUAUCGUGUAAGUGGGCACAGCUCCUCUGAGUUCAGCUAACCCCUAUGACUUGUUUACAAACAUUUUGUCAUAUAAAAAGGAAGUUUUUUGCAAACGUAUUAUGACCAAUUUUAAUUAGAUGCUAAUUUUCACUGUGAUAAAUCCACUGACUUCAAAGACAUUACUCUGGUUUAACUGAGAUCAGGAUCAGGCCAGGCCCCUGAAUUCAAAAAGCCACACUAUCAACAAGGAAGAAAAAUAAUCACCUCCAUUACGCUUUAAUAUGACAACUCAUACUUUCUAGACAUUCAUAAUGUGCAAUGCCCAUAAUUUUACCAUAACAAAUACAUUCUUCCUUAUCAAAAUCCUACUCCAUGUAAUCAUAUAUAAGCAAAAAAGUUUAUUUUGCAUUUCUAUUUUUAAAUGAAAUCCUCUGAAUAAAGUGACAUCUAUCAUUAGCCAUUUGUUCAUCACAUGGGAAAUUAUUUCUGUUUGUAACUAAAUAUCAGAAUGGAUCUUAAAAUGACUUUUCCAAAUAUUUAUAUUGCUCUGACAAAAACCCUAUUUAGUCUGCUUUACUUCAUUAUGGUAAUUUUAUGCAUUGAUAAAUGGCUCUGCCUCCCUGCUAAAAAGUGGCAUCUAAUGUCAGUGCAGAAUUUUUGUGGCUAACUCAAAACAUGGAUAAAACUACACAAAUGUGAAUUUUGGGUCAGAAUUUCAAAAUCACAUAGCAUUGGCUUCACUUUGAUCUCAAGUGGCCAUUUGGAAGUAGACUGAGCUGUCAAUGCCAAGAGUUCUUGGAAACCCCACCCUUCUAAGGUAAAUGAGGAAUCUCAUAGGAAGUGUAAUAUAUAGCAUGAAGCAUAAACAAGCUGUCCAAGAAAUGUAUAUGCGUGUCUUUACGUAUGAGAGUAGUUCCAUUAAACCCAAUGAGACUAUUCCCCUGAGUAGAAUUGUAAGGUAGCUCUGUUUUACCCUAACCAGAUGUCAUUGAGGGACCUAACUGAUAAGUUGUUGAGCCCCUUCCAAGGGGUGCCAAGUGCCUCCAAGGUUCCCUUUGUCCAUGCAGAGCUCAGUGCAGGAUUGGGGGUGCAAUGCCUUAAACUUCCCAUCUCUUGGCAGAGGCUCAGAAGACUUUGUCCUUUUAUCAUGCUAUCCUCUUCUUGUAAAAACAGCCUUUGUAAAUGCUUUCAGUUUAGAAGUUAAAGCUUGAAUAGUGUCAGUAAGAAAUAAAAACUGCAAAGAAAAACCCAUCUUAUUUGUAUAUGGAAAGAAACUUUUACAGAUGCUUUUAAUUUAUUUUCUGACUAUUAUUCUCUUGUAUUCUAAUAUUUCCCUCUUUCAACAUUGUUAAGGCAAAACAGUUUUCACUAGAGUUGCCAGAUGAAAUGAUUGGUCAAGAUCACAAGAACACAUUGCAGUGACCCUGUGAAGGGCAUGUUUCACUACUGAUGUAUGUAUACACUUGCCUGAUCCCUUCCAUAAUGUAAACCUUUCAUUACAAAUGAUGAAAAAAUAAUAAUAAAAUCACUAUAUGUGA